UAGAGAUAUCAGCAGCCGCUGACUGGGAUUUCCUAGGAAUCAUCAGACAAACUGGAAAAAAACCCCACCUAAAACCAACUUGCAAAGAGGAAAAAGAAAGAAAGAAAAAAAAAAAUACAAAAGGAAACCCCAAACAUCAAUACCAAGAACGUAAACCCCAGACCUCAGAGGCUGCCAAGCUGUGAGGCAGAGGAAGGCGCGUGCUUCGGCGCCGCUGCCGGCAGGUGGACUCCGAAAGCCCUCAUAGGAGGGGAGCUUCCUGCAGGGCUGGCAGACGAGCAAAGCCUGUGGAGGUGCCUCUUCUCCUCCUCCUCCUCGCCCUGCGCCUGCGGCCUCCUGCUCCCCAGCACCGCCCGGGCGAGCAAGAUGAAGUGGAGGAGGGCCGUGAUCUUUGCCAUCCUGCAGGCACAGCUCGCCAUUACGGAUGCUGUGCCCAUUCUUGGACUGACGGACCCAAGACUCUGCUACUUACUGGAUGGAUUCCUCUUCAUUUACGCAAUCGUCAUGACAGCCCUUUUUGUGAGAGAGAAGCUUAGCCAGGCCUCUAAACAACAGCUGCAACCAGGCCAGGAUGAUGUGUACAAUAAACUGUCCCGUGGACAGAGAGAUGAAUACGAUGUUCUGGGGGCAAAGCGAGGUGCAGACUCUGAGUUGGGUGGGAGACACCAGCAGAGAAGAAAGAACCCUCAGGACACCGUCUACACUUCACUGCAGAAGGACAAGAUGGGCGAGGCGUACAGCGAAAUCGGAAUGAAGGGAGAGCAGCAGAGGCGGCGAGGCAAAGGGAACGAAGGUGUCUACCAGGGACUCAGUACAGCGACCAAGGACACUUACGCAGCCUUUGCCCCCCCGCUAAGUGGGAGUCAGGGAGGGGAUGGGCGAGGGUGAGAGGCGCCCACCUGCUCUGGGGAGGAGAGGAGGGAAAGCCUUUUUCAUCCCAAACAAGCAUGGGGUAUUUUCUCAGUGCAACGACUGACUUUGGUUGGUGCGCAGAGGGAAUAUGUCUGGACUUGGUCCGUCCCUUCCCUCUUGAAUCACGUAACUGCAAGCUCUAGCUAUUAAAAUGUACAUAUUUGUAAAGUUGUUUUUCCCAUAAUAGUGGUCAUUAGGCCAAUUUUUGUUAAGGCUUGUGUUGUGGGACCAGAGCACACCCACUAGCACAGCUGUUCCCAUAGCUCUUACUGGCCUUCCAGGGGUAUUAAGACAUGUAAUUAUGGCUUCAUUGCAUUUAAGGAACCUGUAAAGACAGGGCUGUCGUUAUCUCCUGUAGUAUUUAUCUUUAGACUACUUGACACAGGCCAGCUAAACUUCUUGCUUUAAAUCCACCUUUUAAAAAAAUGCUUCAGCAGGGGAUGACUUUUUUCUUUAACUGUAAAAAGUGAUGUUACUGUAGCGAAGGACAGAGGCUAAACGCCAGCUUUUCAGUCGGAGGCAAAGGAGCACUAAGCUCCAGCAAGAGAUCAAGCCCCGGCAUUGCCACGCGUCCCACGCCUGGAGCUAAGCAACAGCCAGGUGACCUGCGUAAGGUGGCAGAUACCCCUGCUACAACGAGAACAAGGGGACUGGACUCCGAUAGAGAGUAAUACUGGAAAAGCUGGGAAAACUCACCCCGGAGAAUCCCGUUUCUGCCCCCUCACGUCAGCAACAUCUCCAACUGUCGCUGCAGAACAGGCUCCCCUUGUAAGAGUUGGUACGGUAAUUCGAACGUCAGAAGCAGCCAAAACCUACCACUUCUGGGCAACAGGAACUGUACCAAAGCUAACAUAAAGGCAGUUUCCAAACCAGUCUAUUGUCAGGUUACCUCUGAAAGAUGAUGCAGGAAUCAUUCUAAAACAAUACUGAUUCCGUAAUGUAAUGCAUUUUUGAUGAAUUAAUAAAGUUAGCAUCAAAGAAAGACCUGCGUGUGCGUGCGUGUGCACAGUGAACAGCUGUCGCAAAUGGG